CUCCUAUUCCCCCGGUCCAGUAAAACUCAGUCGUUUCAAUAGUGAUUCCCCUUCCCCCUGCUUAAGUCGUCGCCAUUUUGAAUUUUGAUGAUUGAAUUAAUUCCGCAAGUAAACAUGGCCGACUUUUAUUUGCAUUUUGCCGACACUCUUCGAGAUAAUAUUUCAAAUAUUUGCAUUGCAAAUUUCCCCACUUUUGCCAGCUGACCGCUUUCGUGUCAAACUUGUUUCAAGCGAGACAAAUAAGGGCUUAAUUCGUAUGCGAUCGCUUCAAAAUAGGUCGUAUUUUAAACUAUUUUUUGUCUAAGGAGUGGGAUUAUCUGUUUUGAAAGCCGUACGCUUGCGAGCUAAAAAGUCUUUUCUGACAAUGUAUUUGCUAUUGCUUCUCUUGGCAAUUCCUGCCGCCUUGGCGAGAUUACCCGCUUGUAAAGAGGUAUUACGAGUAUAUUUUCGCCUUUUGUUUUAUUGUGAACGUGUGCUUUUAUUUUUAAUCGUCGAUGUAAACUUCGACUAGUUUAUGCUGUCUUCGAUGGUGUUUACAAUACUAUGUCUUUGUGUGUGUGUGUUUUAGGGAGAAUAUGAAUACGAAUUCACCGAAUGCGAUUCGGCCGGAGGAAGAUGGCGAGUGCCUGUGCCACGUAAACCCGAUCAGUGCGAAGCGACCGGCCUAGCUUCGGUCAGACAACGAAAAUGUGGUAUGUUUGUUGCCUGUUUUAAUUAAGAUCGAUUUACAGACUACAAUACACAACUUUUGCCCAAAACUGUCGCAUGCAACCUGCUUACAGCUUGAGUUGUACUGUGUAAAUCAAACACAUUGAACUCGUCUACCAUUUGUCGUUGGUGAGUUGUAUACGUGAUGGCGACAGUUUUAGGCUAAAGUUGUGUACUGUAAAUCAACCGGCUUAAAUCGAUCUUUAAGCCCAUACAGACUGGACGCGAUUCGGCAACGCGACGCGAAUUUUCAGCUUUCCGAUAUGACAUUUAACUUUAAUAUUUUCCUAUGUUUUUCAAAUAUUCGGAACCACUUGAGCAAUUUUAGCUAUAUUUGGUCUGCACAUCUUGUAAAAUUUUUAUCCGUUGACGGUUUUAUUUGUUUUUAAAAACUGAAAAUUCGCGUUGCGUUGCCGAAUCGCGCUCGGUCUGCAUGGCAUGGGCCUUAAACAUGGUGAUCAAUUUCUGCACUGUUGCCUGUACUUACGAGCAAGAAAAUUAAACUGCAUUGUACAUGUCUCAAUUUCAUUUAUUUUGAAAUACGAGGUUACUACAUAUAAUGAAAAGAACAUUAUUUUCUCACUUUGAUAACUGGCAGAGUGCUUAGCGGUGAAACAGGUAUUCGAGUAAAAAAAUGCUUCAGAAAUUCAGUUGUCGAAGUGUGCAUUGAUGAAGGAGACUUGUGGAAAACAAAUUCCUUUGUUUAUAAACAUUACAAUGUUUUUUAAAUAUUAUAAAUGCUGUAACAGCAAUAGGAACAAUGUUUACGUUUAGUUUUGGUCGGUUCACUGCGCAUAAUCUUCUCAACGUCAACGAAUUAAAUGUUGUAUUUACUGUAAUGAAAGUUGUAUUUUUAUUCUACGAUAUAAAGUGCAACAACAUGGCAUAGUCUGUUGAUUCGGAGGCGGAGUAUUCGCGGUAUUACGGUAUAAUUAGUAAUUCAGAGAGAAAAUAUUCCCACAAUUAUUGAAAGCCGAAAUUCGUAAGUUUCUGGAAAGUUUAUAUAUGGCAAAUUGCUAUAUAUGUUUGCACUGCAAACGAAGAGAUAUAAAUUACGAAGAGAUAUAAAUGCUAUAUAAGGAUUUGAAUGAUUUAGUCGUGAAAUUAUGACGUUAGUGACACAAGUGACCAUCACUCUUCAGAUAAUAUUAUGCUACACAUCAAAGGACAAAGACGUAUUUUGAAAACUUAAAAGUUUUCAUAAUUUCAUUGUUGUGGUUUAAUUUUAUUUCAUUGUUAAGCGUAUUUUUAAAUGAAGACCUAACUAAAAUAGUAUUUGAAUUUAGCGUUCCAGUAAUCAGUUUAAACGGGUCAAACUAUCUGUUUCGACGAAAUUUCGACCUUUCGAUUAAAGAAUGACACAGACAUACUGUAUAAGAUCCAUCAGAGUAAUUAAGGGCCCGUCCUCUCAAUAGGAAGUACAGACAUAAAAACGCACAAGUUGUUACAGGUCUGCAAACAAGUUGUUACAAAUCUGUUCACAAGCUGUCGACAAGUUGUGUUCCCAGUUGUUGUAACAAGUUUGAAACAAGCUGUUAACAACUUGUAACACGCUUGAUGGCAUUAUCAGACUUGUUACAAGGUUGUUCUAACAAGUCUGAUACAGUCUACUGAUACGUACUAAUAUAACAAGAAUGUUACACACGUAAAACGUAAAAACGCACAAGUUGUUACAGGUCUGCAAACAAGUUGUUACAAAACUGUUUACAAGCUGUCGACAAGUUGUGUUCUCACUGCUUGUUCCCAGUUGUUGUAACAAGUUUGGAACAACUUGUAACCAGUUUCAUGAAAUUUUCAGACUUGUUACAAGGUUGUUCUAACAAGUCUGACUCAGUCAUGAUAUAACAAGAAUGUUACAAGGUUGACAACGCAAGAUUGUAACAAUAUUGUUAUAUCAUGACUUUAUCGGACUUGUUGGAACAACCUUAUAUAUACAAAUUUUUAACAGCUUGUUCCAAACUUGUUGACAACUUGGGACAAGCAGUGCGAACACAAACUUGUUGACGGCUUGUUGACAAGUAACGACAAUUGUUAUUAAAUAUAGUUGCUACCUUUACCUAAAUAUAGUUGUACCAGAGUCGCGUUAAUGCAGUGGCAGAAGCGGCAUAUGCCACGGGCCCCGCGCCUCUACAAGGUUGUUGAGCUCAACGGACUAGUGACAAGUUGUUACAACAUUGUUACAACUUGUUGAUAACUUGCUACUGGCAACUUGCUACUGGCAACUUGCUACUGGCAACUUGCUACUGGCAACUUGCUACAAGGUUGUUGAGCUCAACAGACUUGUUACAAGUUGUUCCAAUAACUUGUUAUCGUCCUGCAAUUUAACAAUUUGUCAACAAGUUGUGAGUGACAACUUGUAGCAACUUGAUAAAAUAACAGCAUUGUUACAACAUGUUGACAAGCUUGCUACAAGGUUAUUGAGCUCAACAGAUCAGUUACAAGUUGUUCCAACUUGUUGACAAGCUUGCUACAAACCUUACUAACAACCCUGUUGCGAACACAUCUUGUUGACAAUUUGUGAGAUUUUUACGUAUGUGUAUGCUACAACACUAUCAAAGUUUCUGUGAUCACAGUAGGAAUUUUGCAUAGGUAAAUUCUAAGUUUUGAAGGAUUCGUAAGAAAUAUUUGAGGAAACUUACUAAGUGUUAUAAAGGAUGGUUUACACUAUCAAAGUUUCUGUGAUCACAGAGGAAUUUUGCAUAGGUAAAUUCUAAGUUUUGAAGGAUUCGUAAGAAAUAUUUGAGGAAACUUACUAAGUGUUAUAAAGGAUGGUUUACGUUUGUAAUUGGUGCGUGGUAAUAACGUCUCGAACUGAUUAUCUAAACUGAUUUUACUUUCAGUUGAAGAAAGAUGGUUUAGUUACAUUUUCUUAUCAGAGUCCAAGCAGUGAUGUCUUUUUUAAUGUUUAUGUAAGUACAUAAAUUAUAUCAUUUUAAACUUCAAAGUAUCCAGCUUCUGCAUCGCUAAUCUUGAAAAAUGUUUUCUCCCAAACAGGUUCGAAACGAACAGUGCAUGAUGCGCUCAGGGCAACAGUUUUAUAAAUAUCCUGCGCGUACGAGAAACUUUCAAUGGAACAAUGAUACCGUGAGUAUUUUUAUACUGGACUGUAAACGCUCGAUGACUUUUGACAGCGGUUGAAACUACAGGAAGGGGAGGAGAAUGAUGCCAAAUAAUUUCUAAACAACUUGAAAACUAAACUAAUUUUAUUUAUACUGGAUAGUUCUUACCAGUUCUAAACUGUUCUUCCUAGAGGUCCAGUAAGGAUCAUCUCUUAUUAGUCUUACUACCGGAGGAAACAUAAACUAAACUAACUUUAUUUAUACUGGAUAGCUCUAUCAGUUGUAAACUGUUCUUCCUAGAGGUCCAGUAAGAAUCAUCUCUUAUUCUUAUCCUUAUUGAUCCAGUGUUACUACAGGAGGAAACCUAAACUAAACUAACUUUAUUUAUACUGGAUAGCUCUAUCAGUUCUAAACUGUUCUUCUUAGAGGUCCAGUAAGGAUCAUCUCUUAUUGAUUCAGUGUUAAACCUAAACUAAACUAACUUUAUUUAUACUGGAUAGCUCUAUCAGUUCUAAACUGUUCUUCUUAGAGGUCCAGUAAGGAUCAUCUCUUAUUGAUUCAGUGUUACUACAGGAGGAAACCUAAACUAAACUAACUUUAUUUAUACUGUCCAUUUAAUCAGGAUAGUUCGUACCAGUUCUGCAUGGGAGAUUGUGGAAAUGACAGUUCGUUUUGAUCCAACACUCGGCGCUAAAUCCCCCUACCUUUACUAUAAAAAAAUAUAUUGAUUAUUUUUCUGAUGUUACUCUGAGUAACAUCAUGUUGUUUCUGAUGUUACUUCUGAUGUUACUCUGAAAAGUUUGCCUGAUCUCGGGAGAAUUCGAAAUCGAAUUGAACCUUUGGAUACGUCGGCGGAGCAUUGGACUAGUAUCCCAAAGGUCGUGGGUUCGAUUCCCACCGUGGUCAGGCAAACCUUUCAGCCUGCCCGGUGUGGAUAAACCGCUCUAUAUUCACCUGUGUACAUAACCUCAAAACGCACAAAAAAAUCAUAUAUUUAUUCAUUUGACAUUUCAUAUUAAUUUGAAGGUUCAUCUAAAGCGUGGUCACAAUCUGAUAGUGUGGCAAGCAGCGUUAUUUCCAAACAAUCGAAAACUUGAACGCAAUGGAGAGCCUGUCCUGAUUAAGUCUAUUCGAGUUCAAGGUAUGUACUGUAAGCCUGACUGACGCCAGACAGGGAGGACGGUCUAUAUCGUAUCUUUAGUUGAAGGGUAUGCAUGGUAGAUGGAAAAUUAUCGAGUGGAAAUUUAUAUAUGGAUUCAUUAUACUUAACUAGGAGCAGUUGCGAAAAAUGCAACUAUUAGGGACUGGUCAUAAUUUAGCAGGAGGGGUGGGGAGGUGGAAACAGUGGUGGGGGGGGUCACAUAUUUUUUAGCCAGGAAGAAGGGGGUUCAUAAAAUAUUAGACAGUUUAUGAAGGCGGGGAGGGGGUCUGCUGUUUUAGUUCAAUCAAUUGUUUUAUACAUGCCUUCUCACAUUAGUGUUUGUGUUUUUAUAUAUGACUAUGUAUUGGUAUAAUAUAAAUUUUAGUAUUUGAUUUAAAGCGCAAGUAGAAAAUUAGAAAAUUUAAAGUGCAAUUAGAAAAUUUAUUGAAUGCAGGGUUUAGUAGUAGAUAGGUACAUUUUUACUGACACGAGCAAGAGAGCGAGGGGGGCAUUAUUUUUCCGGGUUAUGGCAAAGCGGGGUGACAAAAUAUCAUUCCUUAAAAUUUUGAAUUACACCUUCCCAUCCCCGCUGAUAAAUUAUGACCAGUCCCUAACUGGAAUCGACCCUGUGAUUCCGGUGAAGCUCUCUAACCACCUGAACUACACGGAGGCCUGUUGUUGAGCUCUGACCACAAGUUCAAGUUAGGUCUAAUUAACGUAUAUAAAUUUCCACUCAAUAAUUUCCACAAUGUAUCUCCGGGCUCCGCAUAUUAAAGUGCGUGUAUACAUUGCGAUUUGCCGGACCAUUAUCCGGCCAUUAUAAAUAUGUUAUAUAUCAAAAUCUAAGUUAGUCAUUUCUGAAUGCAAUGAUGGUUAUUUCACAUUGCGAUAGCUUUUAUAGCUUUUACGUCACAUGACAUCAAACAGCGUCCAUCUUGGGUACCCGGUGUAUAUAUUAACGACUUUAGGGGUUAAGUGUCAAUUGGGACGAAAGUCUUGUUCCUUUCUUCUAUCACUGACAACUUGUCUUUGUAUAGCUUAUUGUUUUGUAAACGUAUGUGAUAUUGUAAAUAACAUGUAACUGUGACAGACUUUUUAAAUUAUUAUUUAACAAUUAUUCGAGACGAAGUCGCGGUGAAUAUUCCCCGAUAAGCACCGAGCCUGAGGCGAAUAAUUGUUUUAGUAUUUUUACACAAGUCUUUUGUGUUUUUGGGAUUGGAUUUAUUUAAAUUUCGCUUAUCUCUUUAUCAGUAACUUCCAGAAAACGGCUAGCCGCCAUUUUUUAUAUUCACCUGUAGGUGAAUAUAACAGCUUAAUACGUCAAAUUUGACCGAUCAACUUGUAGGAUUUGUUAUGUUCACUUGUGCAAAAAUACUAAAUUAUAUUAUUAUCAAGUUACGAACUUCUUUCUGGCAAAGAAAAUGAAAUGUUUAUUUGUAUUCCAGGUGUGGCCUAUACGUCUGAGUGUUCUCCUUGUCCCGCGGGCUCAUUUACCAAGUCUGAGAGCACUACCAGGUAUAGAAGCUGUUAUUAAUGGUGUCAAUAUCUCCAACAUAGGUUCCGAACUACACACGUAAAAACGCACAAGUUGUAACAAACCUGCAGCAGACUUGUAGCAAUGCUGUUGCAACAACUUGUCAACAGGAUGUGUUCGCACUGCUUGUUCCCAGCUUGUUGAAAAGUUGUCAACGGCUUGUUGACAACAACUUGUUAUCAUCCUGAAAUUCAACAAUUUGUCAACAAGUUCUGAGUGAUAACCUUGUAGUAACUUGAUAGAAUGACAACAUUGUUACAAUUUGUUGACAAGCUUGCUACAAGCCUGUUGCGAACACAUCCUGUUGAAAAGUUUGCUACAAGGUUGUUGAGCUCAACAGACUUGUUACAAGUUGUUCCAACAUAACUUGUCAUCGUUCUGAAAUUCAACAAUUUUUCAACAAGUUAUGAGUGACAACCUUGUAGCAACUUGAUAAAGUCACAACAUUGCUACAACUUGUUGACAAGCUUGCUACAAAUACUGUCGAUUUCAGGCAACAUUUCAACACGCUGUUCCCAAGUUCGUUGCAAACUUGCCAAUCACGUUAUCAAGUUCGGAAGUUGGGCGUGAACUUCGCAACGAAGUUUGCAAGUUCAUUUCAAAGUUCGAACUUUGAUUGUAAACAGAUGUUCAUAGUUGGAGUUAAAAUUACUGUAUAAGGCCCUAUGUACAUAUUACUGCAGUAAAAUAUUGGCCCAGUGGUCUCCCAAGACGAAAAUGCCUUUUUAAAUAAAUUUAUAAAUGAAAUUUUUACAUUUGUUUACAAUCGAAGUGCGAACUUUGAAAUGAACUUGCGAACUUCGUUGCAAAGUUCACGCCCAACUUCCGAACUUGAUAACGUAAUAGACCUUUCCCCUUUUAAGUGAAAUUUUGAUCUAGACAAGUCUGGACAAAAAUUUCAUUACAGCUUGAAAGAGCAUCACAAAAUUAGUAAUAUUCCGAAGUUUCGUUUCAAAAUGUUGUAAAAUGCGGAUACUAUAGCCUUGCGAAGUUUGCCGUUUUUCAGUCAUUUGGUAUUACGCACGGGAAAUUGAUAAUCAGGGGCCGGUUGUAUAAAAACGUAGUUAGCGCUAACUGCAGUUAAAAAGUAGUUAACUCUUUUUCGUUCGCUGCUGAAAUAACCAGGGGCCGUUGUAUAAAACUCUUAAUCACUUUUUUAAUCACUAUUUUGUAGUUAAAUAGUGAUUAACUCUCAAAUACGCGCUUUUUAUUGGAUGACGUUUCCACUAACUAUAGUUAACUUUAAUCACUUUUUUAUACAAUCGGCCCCAGAUGAUCAAACUGAUUAUCAAUUUCCCAUUUGUAAUCAAAAUGACUGAAAAACGGCAAACUUCGCAAGGCUAUAUUAUUCGCAUUUUACAACAUUUCGCAACGAAACUUCGGAAUAUUACUAAUUUUGUGAUGCUGUUUCAAGCUGUGAUGAAAUUUUUGUCCAGACUUGUCUAGAUCAAAAUUUCACUUAAAAGGGGAAAGGUCUAUUGGCCAGUUCGCAACGAACUUGGGAACAGCGUAUUGAAAAGUUGCCUGAAAUCGACAAAAAAGUCCUUCAACGUUUCGAGUAGUGUUGUGGUGAACAAAUUCACCCAAACAGUUGAAGUGUUCUGAGCACGAAAUUUAAACUAAAACAAAGGCAAUGGUCUGUGGAGCUGACAUAAAAACAACCCUGGACUUGUCCGCCAACUAAUGCUUAUCCACUUUAUCUUUAGUUGCACCCCGUGUCCGGCAGAUUAUUAUUCUGGCGAAGGAGCCACAGAGUGCAUCAAAUGUGACACGAAUACACAAUAUUCCAGUAAGUUUUAACCAUGCCUGGUGAUUUUAUUUUUGCAGAGGUAACCGGUCUUCGAAUGGAGCUUAGCCUCUAGGCCAUUGAAAUGAACUUAACUGGAACUCUAACUUCAGAUAAACUACAGCCUUGGGCAAACUAGGAAGCGUUGUUGUGGAAACAUUUGUGAUUCUCGAUGUUUCCUCAAAUAUUUCCCUGUUUGCCCACUCGUGGAAACAUUGUUUCGGAAACAAAAUUUGCUUCCCAAGAAGCAAAAAUGUUUCCUACCGAAUUCAGAAACAUUUGAUGUUUCCCUAUGUUUCUCACUAAUGUUUCCUAGUGUUUGCCCACUCUGGGAAACAUGGCCGGAACAUUGGCCGGAAACAAUGUUUCCGCAACAAUGUUUCCUAGUUUGCCCAGGGCUUGAUGACUCGAUGACUUGACUCGAUGCAGACAUAUUAUUAGACUUCAUUAUCUAUGUUUUUGUCUUGGUUUAUGCAAGAAAUGGUGCUCCAGGGCAAAAUAUAUCGCGUUUCUUUCAAACUCGGCUAACGUUAUUUGCAGGAUCGGGAUCCGCUAAAUGCUUGGAGAAGAAACCUUGUACUGUUAACGAUUAUAUUGAAACUCACAGCCAGUGCGACGAUAAAAAUAAG